UAUUGAGAACCCAAACUUCGUUUGAGGGAAAAGUUGUAAGAAAAGGUUCUACAUAAAAUAAUUUUAAAAACCUUAACUUGUUUUACUGAUAAACAAGAAUUGACUAUUACAUGCACUAGCUCAUAUAUUUAAAUUGUAGCUGGGUUAGAACGUGCUACUACUGUGCUACAGAAACGAUUUCAGGAUGUGGACAUCAACCCUCUUCUGUAUCCUGAUAUCCCAGUUGUUGAGAAGCUGUGUAGCAUCAAACCUAAAUGGACCGCAUGUAUUGGCUACAUUGGGUCCAGUAGGUUCUGUAGCCCCCGAAGCUCCUUUAGCUCCCGCAGCUCCUGUAGCAUCUUUAGCUCCUGUAGCUUCCGUAGCUUCUGUAGCUCCUGUAGGACCAAGAUACCAUGUACCUGGACCUAAUCCUCUACCCUUGACAAGGUUUAGAUGUGCUGAGCAGGCGUAUCCGGGUAUAUAUGCAGAUGUGGAGUCAGGUUGCAAGAUUUUCCACUAUUGUGAAUCUAAUGGUAAUAACGCAACAUUUCUCUGCCCCGAACCGUCCUUGUUUAAUCAGCAGCAUUUUGUCUGUGAUUGGAGCAACAGUGUGAGCUGUGAGAUGAGCCCGGAGUUCUACAGUCUCAACAACCAAAUCUUCAUUAACAAGGAAAGGAUAUAUUCUUCAAUCCUCCCUAGUUCCAACCUACCUUAUCUCCCAGUCAAGGAUACUCAGGAAACUGGUUCUGCAUUAAAUCCAUCCCUGAGCAGCCAACUCCCAGCUCAACACAAUACAGAGGGAUCCAACCUUGGGGAGUCUCCUCUCUCCGGAUAUGGUCUGGGGUCCCACCUGGAUACUUCAGGUGGAACCAGCAGUGUAUCCAAAAUAGGCGAUGUCCCAGAAGGCGAGAUUGGAUACAAACCAAUAAAUAUUAAUACAAUUACCCCAUCCAACUUAACAGAUACAGAUACAACAAGUUAUAAUGACACCACCACUAAACCAACAUCCUUCUAUGCUAUUGGAGGAACUGGAUAUUCUGAAUCCGCAGAUCCUGAACCUACAUCCUACUAUGCUCCGGGUGGACCUGAAUAUUCUGAAUCAGCUGAUCUUGAACCUGCAUCCUACUAUUCUCCGGGAGGACCAAGAUAUUUUAAAUAUGCAGAUCCUGAACCUGCAUCUUACUACCCUCCAGGAGUACCUGAUUAUUCUGAAACUGCAGAUCCUGAACCUGCAUCUUACUAUGCUCCAAGAGGACCUGGAUACAUUGAAUCUGUAUCUUACUAUGCUCCUGGAGGACCAGGAUAUUCUGAAUCUGCGGAUCCUGAACCUGCAUCCUACUAUGCUCCUGGAGGACCUGGAUAUUCUGAAUCUGCGGAUCCUGAACCUGUAUCCUACUAUGCUCCAGGAGGACCUGGAUACAGUGAAUCUGCGGAUCCUGAACCUGCAUCCUAUUAUGCUCCAGGAGGACCAGGAUACAGUGAAUCUGCGGACCCUGAACCUGCAGCCUACUAUGCUCCAGGAGGACCUGGAUACAGUGAAUCUGCGGACCCUGAACCUGCAUCUUACUAUGCUCCAGGAGGACCAGGAUAUUCUGAAUCUGCGGACCCUGAACCUGCAUCUAACUAUACUCCAGGAGGACCAGGAUAUUCUGAAUCUGCGGAUCCUGAACCUGCAUCCUACUAUGCUCCUGGAGGACCAGGAUAUUCUGAAUCUGCAGAUCCUGAACCUGUAUCUUACUAUGCUCCAAGAGGACCUGGAUAUUCUGAAUCUGCAGAUCCUGAACCUGCAUCCUACUAUGCUCCAGGAGGACCAGGAUUCAGUGACUCUGCGGACCCUGAACCUGCAGCCUACUAUGCUCCAGGAGGACCAGGAUAUUCUGAAUCUGCAGAUCCUGAACCUGAAUCCUACUAUGCUCCAGGAGGACCAGGAUAUUCUGAAUCAGCGGAUCCUGAACCUGCAUCCUACUAUGCUCCUGGAGGACCUGGAUAUUCUGAAUCUGCAGAUCCUGAACCUGCAUCCUACUAUGCUCUAUGAGGUCCUGGAUAUUUCGCCUUUUCGAAGGGUUAGAGAAAAAUAUAUUCGUCUCCGUGUAAGCUGUAUCUAUGCAAUACUUGCCAAACCUGCACCAUAAAAUAUGCCCCAGCAGUACUUUAGGCCCUUCUGAUAACCAUGUUCUUAUAUAGUCAUACAUUCAUUUUGUAAAGUGAUAUUACUUUUAAUUACUUAUAUCCUGGUUGGGCAUUAUUCAACAACAAUUCCUGGCAUUAUUUUUAACUUUCAAAGAAUUUCUCAUCAUCAUUCAGUAUAAGAUACUUGAUAAACAUAGCACCAAUCCCAUCCAAACAAUGUAUCUCUUUAUAUUUAUUUAUUUAUAUUUUUAUCAAAUCAGUACAAUAACUGUUAAUAAAACUAAAUUUUUCAUUUAA